AUGUAAAUACCUUCUGAUGUAGAGGAAGAACAAAUUUUGGACCAAUAUGUUCUUUAAUAAGACCAAGGAUUCAAUUAAUAUCCAUUGGAGUAUGAAAUUGUAAAAAAUAAUAUAUUAUAAAUUUUAGUUAAUGCCAGAACAAUUAGUAACUAAAACUUAAACAAUUAGUCAAAUUAUUAACCCGAAAAAGUAAAAGUUCUCUUUCAAAAAUUUUCCAAAAUUACUUGGAAAUACUUUAGUUAAAAAAAUAGGAAAGAAAGAAAAAGUACCACGAGGAAUUCAAAUUCUGAUAGAUAAACGAUUAAAAACAAGAUAAUCAGAAAUAAAAAUACAAGAUUUAUAAUAGGUAUGCCAAACUGAUGAGGAAUCAAAAUUAUACUUUCAAUCAUUUGUUUAAAAUGAUAUGUUUAUCCACUCUCUAAAUAGUAAUAAAAUUGAUAACCCUAUGCUUCUAAUACCAGCUAUAAGUAAUUAUUGGGCUGCAGCCUAAGAACCAGAGAAAAUGAUUAGUAAUUCAUUGAUGAAUAAAUUUUAUUUGUCUUGA